AUGUUCCAGCAACAACCUCUGAUCGAUGCAGCCCAUGCAGUGCUGUGCAGCUUGCUCCUGGGCAAGUCCGAAGCCGCCAAAAAUGCCUCUCAUUCCUCUCCGACUUUGAUGACGGGAAGCCCGAAUCUGCCAGGUACAGUACAACGCCACGAUGCAUUUUGCCAGUUUACUGACGCUGCGCCGGACCAGCGCAUUGAUGGCAAGCGCACUGUCUCGGUCGGGGCUUUUCCGCCGGGCGUUUUCCUACUGAAAUCGCGUGCAGCAACAGUUUGGUACCAACAAACAACCCACGCGCGAGCCAGAGGGCUUCGCUUGUUUACUCUGGACAGGCCUAAUCAACAUCUCAACGCCGCUCGCCUACGCCUCCUCGCAGAAAACUCCGGGCACAUGCGGGUGUCGGUGUGA